GCCACCUGGCGGCCAGAGGCGCUCACUGACUCCGUUUCCUCAACUGAAGAUGGCGACAGGAGUCCUUCAGAAAGUCCGCGGAGGGUUCAGUCCGGCUAAAAGCAGGGCUCUGUCAGCCGGAAGCCUCUCGCUCUGGGUCAGAGGGUUUUCUGCGUCCGGCAGCAGAAACAGAGAGGACAGCUGGUUCAGGUCGCUGUUCGUCCGGAAGGUGGAUCCCAGAAAAGACGCGCACUCCACCCUGCUGACCAAAAACGAGGAGAGCAACCUCUACAAGAUCCAGUUUCAUAACGUGAAGCCAGAGUGCCUGGAUGCAUACAAUAAACUGUGCGAGGACGUUUUGCCCUCCAUCCACGCCGAUAAGUACUACCCGUGUGAGCUGGUGGGAACCUGGAAUACCUGGUAUGGAGAACAAGACCAGGCUGUUCAUCUGUGGCGUUACAGAGGCGGAUACCCGGCUCUGACGGAGGUGAUGAACAAGCUGCGGCAGAAUAAGGAGUUCACGGCGUACAGGAAGGAGCGCGGGAAGAUGCUGCUGUCCCGCAGGAAUCAGCUCCUGCUGGAGUUCAGCUUCUGGAACGAGCCCGUUCCCCGGGAAGGCCCCAACAUCUACGAGCUCAGGUCUUACCAGCUCAGGCCGGGAACCAUGAUCGAGUGGGGUAAUUACUGGGCUAGAGCGAUUCGAUACCGCCAGCGCAACAGAGAGGCUGUGGGAGGCUUUUUCUCCCAGAUUGGUGACCUCUACAUGGUCCAUCAUCUUUGGGCUUACAAAGACCUUUUAUCCAGAGAAGACACGAGGAACGCCGUCUGGCAGCAGGAGGGCUGGCAUGAAGUAGUCUAUUACACUGUACCUCUCAUUCAGCACAUGGAUUCGAGGAUCAUGAUCCCAACAAAAGCUUCCCCGCUGCAGUGAGGAGGGACUAUUUAAUAUCAUGGGGCACUCCUUCGAAUGUUAAACAUCCAUCCUGUGAAUCGCCAUCAUUGGUCCAACAUCCUGUCAGUGGUACCAAAACAACAACAACAGCAACCCUGUUUUAUUUUUAUAUUUGCUUUAUAACUUCAAGAACGCACCUAUACGAUUAUCUGCAGCUAAAUUUAAACGGAGAUGGAAGGUAGCAAGCUCUUGGUCACACACGGCUUCUCUAUUUUUAGGGACUGAAAUGCUCCUAAUUGAAAACCUUCUGAUUGUCUCGUGCCACAUUAAAAGCGGUCCAAGAGAGGAGCUCGUCUCCUGGUUUUGGAAGCAACAAAAAGGUUACUUGGGGAAAAAGUGUAAGAGUGGAAAAACGAAAGGAGAUAGUGUUGAAAUUCGUUGCUCAGUGCAGCAGCCAUUUAUUUAUUAAUGUAGAAUAUGUGGUGUUUAAAUGUGUUACAAAAGUGACUUUGAUGUAAGCCGUGUCAUUGCUGAUUGAAAUAUGAGACCUCUAUAGUGAAAAGACAUAUUUCAGCGAUAAAGACGAAAUACUGUACAACGCAGAUAUCAGAAUUUUAUAUUUGCUGCCUGUUACAAACACUCCAGGUUCUUUCUUCUUCAGGUUCUUUGUUCUUAUAUUUCCUGUCAAAGCAACAUUACAUUUUUCCUAGUACUGUGUUUGUAACUUUUUUCCUGUGGAGACGGCAUGCCUGGUUUUUAAAACCAGUUUUUAAUCAAACAACUAUCUGUGGGAACAUGCUCUCCAUCAGCGAUUGGGUGAUUCUGGUUGGAGCGACGCUGCUUUGUACCGUAAUAAUGGCUGAGUUACCGUUUAAAAGAUCCAAGUUUAUCAUUUUCUUUUUAAGAAGAAAUCAUGUUCGGAGACGGGGAAAGAAUGACGAGAAAUAAAAACUAUUCAGACAUC